UAUCCACGAGGCGUGAGUUGUGCCGUUACUUGCUUUAUGAGCACUUUUCGUUCUCUUUCCAAUUCCAUGCUCUAGCAUGUCUAUUUGAGUCGGCGGCUAGCAAUAUUUGGCCUUGUUUUCCUUUUCAGAUUCGCUAUAUUUGCAGGUUUUCUUGCUUCUUCUAGACUUAUCUCUCCCUACGUAUGGGUGCAUUUCUCUUCUGGAAUGCCUAGAGGUUUGGCUGUUACGACGGCUUGCCGGUGGUGAGUUAUACGUGUUUGCGUUUUGGCCGCUGGAUUAGAGAGUUCGGCGUUUGGAGUGGAGUUAAAAGGAGUCUGUGAGCGGGAUGGGGGAGAAGCGAGAGAUGGCAGGUUCUGGGAGGAAGAUAACUGUUGGAGUCUGCGUAAUGGAAAAGAAGGUGAAAUAUGGCCCCGAGGCUUUCUCGGCGCCCAUGGGGCAGAUUCUCGAGAGGUUGCAAGCAUUUGGUGAAUUUGAGAUCACAUAUUUUGGAGAUAAGGUCAUCCUGGAAGAUCCGAUAGAGAGCUGGCCAGUAUGCGAUUGUCUGAUUGCUUUCCAUUCCUCUGGAUAUCCCCUUGAAAAGGCUGAGGCAUAUGCUGCUUUAAGGAAGCCAUUUUUAGUAAAUGAGCUGGAACCUCAGCACCUUCUUCAUGACCGACGUAAGGUUUAUCAGCAUCUCAAAUUGUUUGGAAUCCCUGUUCCAAGAUAUGCCCUUGUAAAUAGAGAAUUCCCAUUUCAAGAGCUGGAUUAUUUUAUUGAGGAAGAAGAUUUUGUUGAGGUUAAUGGUGCAAGAUUUUGGAAGCCAUUUGUGGAAAAGCCUGUUGAUGGUGAUAACCAUAGUAUAAUGAUAUACUAUCCCAGUUCAGCAGGUGGAGGUAUGAAGGAAUUGUUUAGGAAGAUUGGCAACCGAUCCAGUGAAUUCCAUCCAGAGGUGAGAAGAGUGAGGCGUGAAGGCUCCUACAUCUACGAGGAGUUUAUGCCUACUGGAGGGACAGAUGUUAAGGUGUAUACAGUAGGCCCAGAAUAUGCUCAUGCUGAGGCAAGGAAAUCUCCUGUUGUUGAUGGUGUUGUUAUGAGAAAUCAUGAUGGGAAGGAAGUUAGGUAUCCUGUAUUAUUGACACCUGCUGAAAAGCAAAUGGCAAGAGAGGUUUGCGUUGCAUUCCAGCAAGCGGUUUGUGGGUUUGAUCUCUUGAGAUGUGAGGGACGCUCAUAUGUAUGUGAUGUGAAUGGAUGGAGUUUUGUUAAGAACUCACACAAGUACUAUGAUGAUGCUGCAUGUGUGCUGCGGAAGAUUUUCCUAGAUGCAAAAGCACCUCAUCUUUCAUCAGCAAUUCCACCAACUUUGCCAUGGAAACUGAAUGAACCAGUUCAACCUUCUGAGGGAUUAACUCGUCAGGGUAGUGGUAUCAUAGGAACUUUUGGACAAUCAGAAGAACUGCGUUGUGUAAUUGCUGUUAUUCGUCAUGGUGAUAGAACUGCUAAGCAGAAGGUGAAGCUGAAAGUUACCGAGGAAAAGCUGCUAAACAUAAUGUUGAAAUACAAUGGAGGACGACCUAGAUCAGAGACAAAACUUAAAAGUGCAAUCCAGCUGCAAGAUCUGUUAGAUGCCACUCGAAUGCUAGUGCCUCGAACUAGACCAGAUCGUGAAAGUGAUAGUGAGGCUGAAGAUGUUGAACAUGCUGAAAAGCUUCGCCAAGUUAAAGCAGUUCUUGAGGAGGGGGGACAUUUCUCUGGCAUAUAUAGGAAGGUUCAACUAAAGCCACUAAAGUGGAUCAAAGUUUCAAAAAGCAAUGGUGAAGGUGAAGAAGAACGACCUGUUGAAGCUUUAAUGGUUCUUAAAUAUGGCGGUGUUCUUACACAUGCUGGCAGAAAGCAGGCUGAAGAACUGGGAAGAUUUUUCCGGAAUAAUAUGUAUCCAGGGGAAGGUACAGGUCUUCUUCGACUCCAUAGUACAUAUCGUCAUGAUCUUAAGAUUUACAGCUCUGAUGAGGGUCGAGUGCAGAUGUCUGCAGCAGCAUUUGCCAAAGGUUUACUUGACUUAGAAGGGCAGCUAACACCAAUCCUGGUCUCCCUUGUUAGCAAAGACUCCUCCAUGUUGGAUGGACUUGACAAUGCGAGUAUUGAAAUGGAAGAAGCCAAGGCUCGGUUAAAUGAGAUUAUUACCUGUAGUCCAAAGAUGGCUCAUAGCAAUGGAUCAUCUGAAUUUCCUUGGAUGAAAGAUGGAGUAGGGUUGCCGCCCAAUGCAUCAGAAUUACUCGUCAAGCUGGUGAAAUUAACUAAGAAGGUCACUGAACAAGUACGACUACUUGCCAUGGAUGAAGAUGAGAAGCUUACAGAAACAAGCUCAUAUGACGUAAUUCCUCCUUAUGACCAAGCAAAGGCACUUGGCAAGACAAAUAUUGACAUUGAUCGCAUAGCUGCUGGAUUGCCCUGUGGAAGUGAGGGGUUCCUUCUGAUGUAUGCCCGCUGGAAAAAGCUUGAAAGAGACUUGUAUAAUGAACGCAAGGACCGCUUUGAUAUCACUCAAAUUCCUGAUGUUUAUGAUUCAUGCAAGUAUGAUCUCUUGCACAAUGCUCAUCUUAAUCUGGAAGGACUGGAUGAGCUUUUCAAAGUCGCUCAGGCACUCGCUGAUGGUGUUAUUCCAAAUGAAUAUGGAAUUAACCCAAAGCAGAAGUUAAAAAUUGGCUCUAAGAUUGCACGUCGUUUACUGGGGAAAAUUUUAAUUGACUUGAGGAAUACUCGUGAGGAAGCCAUUAGUGUUGCCGAGUUAAAGAGUAACCAAGAUCAUGUUUCGUCGACCUUAAAAACAGAACAGGAAGAUAUGGAGUCCAAUUCAAAACUUUCAAAUAAAAAUGAUGAACCAAGAAGAUCCAACACUUUUAGUGAUAUUUCUUUGGAUCAAGAUGAUGAUGAUGAUAAAGAGACAAAAUAUCGUUUAGAUCCAAAGUAUGCAAAUGUGAAGACACCUGAGCGUCAUGUGCGAACAAGACUGUACUUCACAUCAGAAUCACAUAUCCAUUCUCUUAUGAAUGUAAUUCGUUAUUGUAAUUUGGAUGAAUCUCUUCAAGAUGAAGAUAGUCUGGUUUGCUAUAAUGCGCUAGAGCGCCUGUAUAAAACAAGGGAGCUUGACUAUAUGAGCUACAUUGUGCUUAGAAUGUUUGAGAAUAUAGAGGUGGCUUUAGACGAUCCAAAAAGGUUCCGCAUAGAGUUGACCUUUAGUCGUGGUGCUGAUUUAUCCCCCUUAGAGAAGAAUGAUAGUGAGGCGGCUUCAUUACAUCAAGAGCACACCUUACCUAUUAUGGGUCCUGAAAGGCUGCAAGUAGGAUCGUUUCUGUCGUUAGAGAAAGUGGAGAAGAUGAUUCGUCCAUUUGCUAUGCCAGCAGAAGACUUUCCUCCCCCAGAAACACCUGCGCAAUUCCCUACCUAUUUUCCUAAGAGCGUCCUCGAGCGCCUGGUAAAUUUCUGGCCUUUCCAUAAGCAUGCCAAUUCUAAUGGCAAGUAGCUGCUUAGAUAAUUUUUAAAGCCAACAGCCGCCCUGGAAAAAAAAAAAAAUUCCUUUUUUCUUUAUAUCUCUUCUAGUAAUUUUAGAAAGUCUGAAUAUUAGCCCUUUUUCCCACGGCAAGGGUUGGGACGUUAAUUUUGAAAAGAAAAUCAUCAUUGAAGAAAGGCGCAUUGUAUCAUUGUACGGAAAGGAAUU